AAGUACUGGCAAAAACGUGGAAUUCCGUGCGUGGAUGGAGCCCUGCCGGGGUUCGGUCACAUGUUGUCGGUGAUUUUAAUGAAGACGGACCUUACUGAGUUCUGUCGUAAGACCUACAAUGAUAACAAGGGUCGCAGCAUGGUCGGUCUCUACGACUUCACGUCGCCAGCAUUGAUGGUCCUCGAACCCGAGCUGGUAAAAACGGUGAUACAAACCAAUUAUUCAAGUUUCGCCAAAAACGCCAUCGAUAUUAAUCCCGACGUAGAUCCGCUCCUGGCACAUAAUCCCUUCGUCCUUACUGGUGAGAAAUGGGUGAACAACAGAAAGCGCUUGACUUAUGCAUUCUCCAGUAUGCGAUUGAAGAUUCUGCUCGAAAGUGUUAAACAAGUGUGUACAACGUUUGAAAAUUACAUGAACGAAAAGCUGAACAAUAACCAGACAGAGUUCGAACUGAAGAGCUUGUUCGCCAAGUAUACUGCACAGGUGGUAGCCGCCGCUGGUUUCGGCGUUGAUGGAUUCUGCUUCGAUGAUGAGAAAAAGAAUAUGUCCUUCAGGAAACUCGGACAAGCCAUUUUCGAGCCGUCUUUACGAAAUUCAUUCGUGUUUGCUGCCACGUUUCUCAUGCCAUCGUUAAACAAAAUUUUUAAACUAGGUAUCAUUCCAAAGCAUGUCGAAAAUUUCUUCAGGACAUUGGUUGCAGAACUC